UUCUUGGAGUCGCACGUCUCUGUUUGAUGGGAGGUGCUGCGCGUGCAGGAACACAGGACCCAUGGCAACAAUCAUGGCAGAAGCUGAGACGCGCCAGAAGCUGCUGCGCACUGUCAAGAAAGAGGUGAAGCAGAUUAUGGAGGAAGCAGUCACCAGGAAAUUUGUUCAUGAAGACAGCAGCCAUAUUGUUUCCCUUUGUGCUGCGGUGGAGGCAUGUGUUUUGCACGGGCUGAAACGUCGAGCGGCAGGCUUUCUCCGAAGCAACAAAAUCGCCGCCCUGUUCAUGAAGGUGGGCAAGAGCUUUCCCCCCGCUGAGGAACUGUGCAAGAAGGCCCAAGAGCUGGAGCAGAUUAUGGGGACUAAACGAAGCCAAAGUUUGCAAAGCCAGGACAGCCUGCGCAGAAUGCCUCGGCUUCCCAGCCUCACGCCAAAGGCCAGUAAGAACCUAUGGAUUCGGACGGCUCUUUUCGAGAAGGUCCUAGACAAGAUUGUCCUCUUCUUGGUGGAAAACAGCAGUAAAUAUUAUGAGAAAGAGGCUGUUCUAAUGGACCCUGUAGAUGGACCUAUCCUUGCUUCUUUGCUGGUGGGACCUUGCGCUUUGGAGUAUACAAAAAUGAAGACCGCCGACCACUUUUGGACCGACCCCUCGGCUGACGAGUUGGUGCAAAGGCAUCGCAUCCACAGUGGUCACUGCAGGCAGGACUCGCCCACCAAGAGGCCUGCGUUGUGUAUCCAAAAGCGUCAUUCCAGCAGCAGCAUGGACGAGCGCCCCUCUCCGUCGCCAUCAGCACGCGACUACGUGGAGUCACUGCAUCAAAACAACAGGGCCACGCUGCUGUUUGGCAAAAACAAUGUGCUCGUUCAGCCUAGGGACGACAUGGAGGCUAUCCCGGGUUACCUUUCCCUUCACCAGACGGCUGACCUCAUGACACUGAAGUGGACCCCCAAUCAACUUAUGAACGGCUCCGUCGGUGACUUAGACUAUGAACGAAGUGUGUACUGGGACUACGCCAUGACAAUCCCUCUUGAAGAGAUUGUGUACUUGCACUGCCAUCAACAAGUUGAAAGUGGGGGCACGGUGGUGCUGGUCAGUCAGGAUGGCAUCCAAAGGCCUCCCCUUCGCUUCCCUAAAGGAGGUCACCUGCUUCAGUUUCUCUCCUGCCUGGAAAAUGGUCUGCUUCCGCACGGUCAGCUGGAUCCUCCUCUCUGGUCUCAGAGGGGAAAGGGGAAGGUAUUCCCGAAGCUGAAGAAGAGAGUUCCUCAGGGAUCUGGAUCAACAGACUCCGUCUCAGAUAAGGAGGAGGAAGAGGCAACAGACUAUGUCUUCCGCAUCCUCUUUCCAAAUAGCCUGUCAGACUUUGUGACUCCACCAGAUUUGAUGGACCAGAGCUCUGCAAUGUGGCAUCCCAGUCUCAGGAAGUCUUCAUGCUCAUCCUGCUCCCAGGGAAGCCUCUCUGAUGGGUCCACGCCCAAAGGGUGCAACCAAGAGAGGACUCCUCUGAAGCUGCUAUGUGACAACAUGAAGUAUCAGAUCAUCUCUAGGGCAUUUUAUGGCUGGUUGGCGUAUUGCCGUCACCUGUCCACCGUGCGCACUCACCUCUCGGCUCUCGUCAAUCACACCAUUGUGUCGCCUGACGUGCCGUGCGACGCAUACCAAGGACUCACUCCAGAUGUGUGGCAGAUGUUCCUGCAAGACUGUAAUACCUACAAGGAGCAAGAGCUGCUUCGUUUGGUCUAUUUCGGCGGUGUGGACCCAUCUUUACGUAAGCAAGUGUGGCCGUUCCUCUUGGGGCAUUACCGAUUUGGAAUGUCUGAAACAGAAAGGAAAGAGGUGGAUGAGCAGGUGCGCUUGCGCUACCAGCAGACCAUGCGUGAAUGGCUCGGCUGCGAGGAGAUCGUUCGGCAGCGGGAGAAGGAACAACACGCUGCAGCUUUAGCUAAGUGCUCUUCAGGGGCGAGCAUGGACAGCACCAGUUCAAAGAUGGUUCAUCAUGACUCAACCGUCAGUAAUGAGUCACGGUCCUCCCAGAGUUCAGACAGACAAAGUCUGGCUCGUCUGCAGAGUGACUCCAGCAGCAGCACACAGUUCUUCACAUCAUCCCAUCCCUUCCCCUGGAGUAGUCGGCUUCCCUUUGGCUUGUUGUUGCAGGUGUUUGAGUCUGUAGAAGAGGUGGAGCAGAUCGAGACAGAAUCCAAGAGCGAAGAAGCCAAGCAGGUGCCAAAGAUGACCAGUGGGACAGCUCAGAACGGCCCAAGUUCUCCUGACUCUGGGCAUCCCUCUUCCCGCAACUUCUCGGUUACAUCCGGCCUGUCGGACGGCUCGCUCAGCACAGAGGACAGCGCCGCACCCGAGGCUGCACCAAGAGCUUCGGCCAAACCUCCUCAGGAUGCAGGUCUAACAGAGCAAGACAAACGUGAGAAACCCAAUGUGACCAAGACUGAAGUGCAAAAUGACCCGGAAGAGUCCAUCAAGUCAGCGGAUCCCAAAGUAGAGGAGGCUCAGCAUGGAGGUGGUUCCUCAGUGGAGACUGAAGGAAGCAAAGUGCCUGUCAAAGAUAGUAUGUUGACACCAGGAACAUGUACCGAAUCCCAAGAUCACGCUGAAGAAAGACUGAAAAACAAAGACGCAACAAAAACUCCAGGAGAGCGUCAAACUGAAUGGAUCAAAGUGGAAGAGAAAUCCAGCCAAGGUGAGACAUCCCAAGAAGCGAGAGGAGAUGCUGCCGUCCCAAAUCCCAGAACACUUGACAAGAAACUAUCUUUAUCAGCAGACGCUCGGGUGUCAAGAGCGAGAGAAGCCUACUGUGCCUCUCAGAAGGCCGAAGCGCAGGUCCUGACUGAGUCUGACGAGUCUCCCUCAGCCAUAGAGAUGGAGGAGAUUCCCAAAGCCAAUGUCUCCAUGGCGCCCUGGAGCAGGAAGGCUCACUGUGAGCCCUUGUCAUCCUCCGAAGACUCGGAUCUGAGACCUGAGGGUGGGCAGGAAAAGCCCAGUCCGGAAGGCACUGAGUCCAUAUUGUCUGAGGAGCCAGAGAUGGAGAGCCUCUACCCUCACUUUGAGUCUCUGGAUGGCUGUGCAGACAGCGCAGAAGCCAGCUCCCAAGCAUCUGCAGGAGGCGCCUUCUCCCAAGAGCUUUUAGACUUGUACACGUUGAAUUUGCACCGCAUUGAAAAGGAUGUACAGCGCUGUGACAGGAACUACUGGUACUUCACUCCUGCAAACCUGGAAAAGCUCCGUAACAUCAUGUGCAGCUAUAUCUGGAGGCACCUCGACAUCGGAUACGUUCAGGGUAUGUGUGAUCUGCUGGCUCCGCUUCUCGUCAUUCUGGAUGAUGAGGCUUUGGCCUUUAGCUGUUUCACGGAGCUCAUGAAGAGGAUGAAUCAAAACUUUCCACAUGGAGGGGCGAUGGAUACGCACUUUGCCAACAUGCGCUCUCUGAUCCAAAUUCUGGAUUCAGAGCUAUUUGAGCUGAUGCACCAAAACGGAGACUACACUCACUUCUACUUCUGCUACCGCUGGUUCCUCUUAGACUUCAAACGAGAGCUGGUCUACGACGAUGUCUUUGCAGUCUGGGAAACCAUCUGGGCGGCCAAAUUUGCCUCCUCUAGUCAUUUUGUCCUCUUCAUUGCCUUGGCCCUGGUAGAGAUCUACAGGGACAUCAUUCUGGAAAACAAUAUGGACUUCACUGAAAUUAUUAAAUUCUUUAACGAGAUGGCCGAACAUCACGAUAUCAAGCAGAUUUUGACCUUGGCAAGAGAUCUGGUUUACAAGGUGCAGAUGCUGAUAGAGAACAAGUGAUAGUCACGUGUGUCCUCUUUUUCCUUCCAAUCAAGUGUAAUCAUUUGUAGCAGCAUUACAUGCACGCACGCACGCAAACAAACACACACACACACACACAAACAAACACACAUGCAUUAUACUGUACAACAAAAUGCCUUUACAAUCAUUGGUUGCAGCCUUGAUCGAGCCUCAAUGAGUGUACAGUAUGCUCCUCUAUGUUAAUUGUGUAGUCAACAGGUCUAUGAUAUUACACUUUAUAAAGUACCUGUCAGUAUCUGCAAAUACAUCUUUGUGUUUUACGUCAAACCUUUAAGUGUCAAUGUUAAUCAAAACGUUAGGUUAGUUGCGCAUUUGAAAACAAAACUGAGAUAAAUUCCAACUAUUUUGAAUGACUACUUAUUGAUAAAGAAGUACUGUAUGUUGCUUAAACUUGUUAAAUAGCCAAGGUUUACAAGAUUAGAUUACAAAUAUAUAUAUACUACUUCCCCAACUUUUCCUCACAUGUGAAGGAAGGAAAGAAGAAUGUUAGUUUUACAGACACACUUCAAACCUAUUUAGAGCCGAGUUACCACGUCAGUGAUUUUAUAUUCAGUGUUUCCAAUGUUCUCAAGCUGCUUUCCUGCCAAACGGGAUGUCCUUGUUGUGUGGGAAUUGUUACUCGUGAGAUAAGUAAAUAUCAAAAUAUUUAACAACGCACGUUCCACAUAUACUAGUCAGUCAUUCAUGUUCUUUUGGUGUUUUUGUUCUGGGAAGAGUUUUGUAUUUUGUCCAUCAUACCACUUGAAUUUUUGUAUUGUUUAUCAGUUUUCUUUUGUUGCAGCAAUGACAUAAUUUAUAGAGAACACUGAUGAUUUUCGUUUUUUACGUGAUCUAAUGAGGUACAAAAGAAACAUGUCCAUGCUUGUGACUUUUUUUCAUGUUGUUUGCAAAAAAUAUGAUGAAGAGCAGCUAUUUUAAUGUUUUGGCAUAUUUAAUCAUUGAUGAUGAUAAAUACUAUGUGCUUUUAACCAUUCAGUUAUUACUCAUAAUAAUUUCCCAAAUUUCAAGCUUCCUAUUUAUUGCCUCUGUUGAUGAAUGUGGUAAAAUUAAUUGCAUUGAUGUUUCUUUGUGAAUGCAAACUGAUGUCAGUAAGCCUACUUUAGUUGUCUCAUUUAUUUGCUUUUUUAUUUCAUGUUUUUAUGGAACGUUGCUAUUUUGGUAAAACUUGUAAUUUUAUUUUUGCCAAGUUCUAACUGUAUUGUAAGACAAAUGAUUAUAAAAUUAUAUUCUAAGAGCUCAUAUAUAAUAUAUAUUAAAUGGUAUACGUUAUUGUAACAUCAAAA